AGCGGGUUCUACAGCCUGAUGUACUUGCGUCCUAUGCCAUGACCACAUAAACGUUAUACGCGCGGUGUUUAUCUAAGAGCGAACAUUUAACGCCUUCCUCAAUUACUACGCAGUCAGAGAGGCAAACCGUCGACAAAUGAAACAAUAAAACAGGUACAUUGGACAUCAGUCGUUAACAGUUCGUUCUUGCAUCGCUUCCAAUUAAGUCACUCGUGUUUUGUGCAAGGUUAAUGUGAAAUGGCCGAAUUAACAAACGAAAUUCCGUCAUGGAUAACCGGAGAAUAUUUCGUUGAUGUGGCAAGUAAGAAGUUGCAGUUAAGUGAGAACCAAUUCAAAAUUGUUGAAAUUCACGUAAAACCUGCUACCGAAACAGGGGACAACUAUGUAGCAAAACUAUACAGAGCAACAGUGGAUGUCGAUUGUGCGAACGGGCUGUCGAAAAAACUAUCGUUCGUUUUAAAAGUGCAACCACAAUUAAGUGCCGCGGAUGAAUUCAUGCAGAUGAUGAACGUGUUCCCCAAAGAAACGGAACUAUACACGAAAUUAAUUCCCGGCUUUGAACAAUUAUAUCACGAGAAAGGAUCUAGUGUAGCUCUCGCGCCGAAAUGUUGGAAACAUAGUACCGAUCCCACCGAGGCUCUGGUGUUGGAUGAUUUGGCUGAGGAAAAUUUUAAAAUGGUCGAUAGGUUGAACGGACUUGAUCGUGGCCAUGCGGAAGUGGUUUUGAAAAGAUUAGCCCAGUUUCAUGCGGCCUCCGCUGUUUAUCACCACCGGCAUGGAAACUAUAGCGAGAUGUUCCGAGAAGGGAUCUACGUGGAGCGAUCGGAAGCUUUCUUCGAGAAACAUGCGGAGUCCCAAUCUCAGUCGAUCGUGAGUGCAAUGCGAACCUGGCCAAACGGUGACUUUUAUGCUGAUUUGAUGGAAGACUUUGGAUCGUCAAUGUUCGGUGAGUUGGUCAAGGUGUCGCGAGCGAAUCCGGAAGGAUUUAGCGUGCUGAAUCAUGGCGAUGCCUGGUGCAAUAACUUCAUGUUUCAAUAUGGUCCAGAGAAUCAUAUCGAGGAGAUAAUGCUGGUCGACUUCCAGAUGUGCAUUUGGACAUCGCCAGCUAUCGAUUUGCUGUAUUUCUUGUUGACGUCAGUGAAUUUUGCCAUUCGAUUACCUCAGCUGGAUGACAUGAUACACUUCUAUCAUCAAAAUCUUGUAGAAUACUUAGGGGUGCUUGAGUUCCCCCAGAAACCACCUACACUUAAGGAACUUCAUCUGGAUUUGAUUAACCGCAUGUUAUACGGUUUCUCGUCCUCCCUAACAGUGCUGCCAAUUUGUUUGAUGGAGAAAACACAAGUCGCUUCGUUGGACACUCUGUUGAGCGAAGAUGAAGCUGGUAGGGCCUUCCGAAAAAAGAUGUAUUGUAACCCAGCGUUCGUUGAGCAGAUGACUCAACUAAUGCCAUUUUUCUACGACCGGGGAGUAUUCGAUUUGCGUAACAGCGGAUACCAAACCCCGAGUGGGGUCACGAGCAAGUCUUUGAAACUGCCAAGUUUCAUGAGGAAGGAUUUUUUCAAUGAUGUCGUUGAAAAAAAGCUUCAACUAGAGAAUGUCCAGUACGAUAUUCAGCGAGUCUGGGUGGAGCUUGCGACGAAAAAAGGUGACAAUUAUGGAUCGACCAUGUACCGUGCGAAGAUCGAUGUGAUGAACAAGAACACUAAUUCGGUCAGCACGUUUUCUGUGAUAGUAAAAACACGUCCAACGGGAGAAGCGGCUAAUUUCAGCAAUAAUUUGGAUACAUUCACCAAAGAGAUCGACAUGUACAGGAGAAUAAUUCCAGAAUUUGAGAAGUUGUACAAAGCAAAGGGACUGAAUGUUGAAAUUGGUCCUCGCUGUUUGAAGAUUUGUCAAGGGAUACCCAGCGACAUUAUCGUAAUGGAUGACUUAACUAGUCUUCGCUAUAAACUAGCGAAUCGACAGGAAGGAUUAGAUCAGAUGCAGGUUGAGAUGGUCUUGGAAAAACUUGCCCAGUUUCAUGCUGCUUCAGCAGUACACAGUACAAAUACUGGAUAUUUGAAAUUAUUAUACAAAACAGGUUUGUACAACAAAGAUAAUCUGGAGGUGAUGGAACGACUUCUAAGACCCGCCUACGAUGCUUGUUUUGAUGCGAUUAAGUCUUUCCCAUUUGCGAAGGAAUACAUUACCGAUUUGGAAAAGAUACAACCAGUCGCGUUCACCAGAGUGUUUGAAACGUUGUUAGUUGAUCCACAUGGAUUUAACGUGCUCAAUCACGGCGACUUUUGGUGCAACAAUAUACUCUUUCAGUACGAGGGUGUUGAUAAACUGAUUGACAGCUCACUUAUCGAUUUCCAACUCUGUUUCUACGGAUCACCUGUACUUGAUUUGAACUUUUUCCUCUUCACUUCGGUCAGUGAAGAUAUUCGACUGUCCAAACUACACUACUUCAUUCGUUAUUAUCACGAGAAACUGAUAUCCAACUUGGUAGUUCUGGGAUAUAGACUAGCUCUUCCCACUUUGAAAACGCUGCAGUUUGAUUUCUAUGACAGAUUGGUAUACGGUGCAUCUACAAUCUUCGGUUUACUAGCUUUGAGCUGCGUCGAUCCGACGGAUGAUCUUACUAUGGAGGCUUUGCAGAAAGAUGACGAAGCUGGCCAACGACUGAAAAAACGUCUGUAUACCAAUGAACGCUACGUCAAAGCAUUGGAAAGUUUGUUACCAUUUUUCGCUAAAAAAGGAGCUUUCUCGCAUGGGGCAGAAGAAUGUAGUGCCGUUAUUUCGGAAACCAGUUGAAAUUUUUGAGUUCUCUAGCAAUUUUAUGUUCGAAAGCCCAAAGUACGAAAUAUUUAAAAAAUAAUCCAUCUGUAGGAAAACAAAUACAAAACUUCUUUCAAAUUCAAAUACACAUCUCCA